GUGCAGCAGUCGUAGUGCGUGUCGGGUAUUGUUUUUAUUUAAAUAUUUCUUACUUUAAUUCCGUUAGUUGCUUAAUUGGUCGCUCAUUUCAAAAUUGCAAUACACGUAGCGAUUAUAUUUCACGGGUUAUUUAACCUUCGCGUUUCCUGGUAACAAAACAAAAGCUAAUUAAAUUACACAAAGAAAGGCAUCUGCCUACAUCGUCUACGUCAUUGCUAUUUUCGUGUAUAUUCUUCUUCGAUUAUGAAUGUGGAACAGCAGCAACAACAACAACAACCGCAGCCUGUGCUGGCCACAGCUCCCACGGCUGUUGAAGAGGAGCAACUGGACAUGGCUGACAGUAUGAAGCAUUGCUUUGAGAACCUAAUAGUCAUCGAUGUGGGCGCGAAUUUGACCAACAAAAAAUAUAGCCGUGAUCUGGAUUCUGUUGUUCAACGAGCAAGAGACGCAGGUGUUCAAAAACUAAUGGUUCACGGCACAUCGGUCAAAUCAAGCAAGGAAGCGCUGCGCCUCUCGCGCAUAUACCCCGACAUUAUCUACUCGACUGCUGGCAUACACCCGCACGACUCGAAAUCCAUUGUGGAGGAGCCGUCCACAUGGUUUGAUUUCGAGCACAUUGCUCAGGCGCAGGAGUGCGUUGCAGUUGGUCCAUGUGGCCUGGAUUACCAGCGUGACUUCUCGGAACCAGAUGCCCAAAAACAGAUAUUCACUAAGCAGCUGCAUCUCGCAAUCCGGCUCAAUAAACCUCUAUUAAUACACGAGCGAUCGGCUCAGAAUGAUGUACUCGAAAUACUCGACAAAUUCGAGAAUCUACCGCCUGUAAUUAUCAGAGGUUUUAUGGGCACUGCUGAGGAAGCACUGAAGUACCUGGAUCGAAGGUUUUACAUUAGUUUAACUGGUUACUUGUGUAAGGACAAAUCAGACACGGGAGUUCGUAAACUGCUGGAAAAUGGCACACUGCCGCUGGACAGGUUGCUGGUUGAAACAGAUGCUCCAUUCAUGUAUCCAAACACUAGAGCCUCCAAGUUACCACAGCAUGUAAAGAGUGGCAUUACUGAACGCUCGUUGCUGUACUUACAUAGAUAUUGCACAUUUCAACGUAAUGAGCCAUGCAGUCUGCCAGCAAUUGUGGAAAUGAUUGCUGCAUUCAUGAAGAAAACGCCUGAUGAGGUAGCCUUGGCUACUGCCUUUAACGCCUUAAAACUAUUUGGCUUGUCCUAAACGGUGCUAGCACUUAUACAACGAGCCUGAGAUUCACGAUAGACUCACACCAAGUGCCUUAACUACAAAUCGAAUUCAGGAUGUCCUUACCCUGACCCAAACGCGAACUUUACUCACACUUUUAACACGCAAACACAAUAACGACGCAUUCACAUGCGAUUUGCUAGCAAACGUCUAUAGUAUAUACAUAUGAUGUGCAAAUUUUUGUCAAAAUUCGCAAGUUUAGUUUUAAGUUGUUGGAACUUUGUAGGCAAUGUUUUGUUUACUUGUAUUGUACUACCCACUAAAUGGUGCCAAGGUAGUGCCAAUUUACACCGCAGCCAACCGUUUCACACCUUGAAGCGUACGCUUCAUAUCGCAUUCAUAAGCGCUAAAUGUUAAAUGCUGCAGCUAUAUUGUUUUUCAUGUCUUUUUCCUGUAUUUAGCUUAAGGGUUAUUUUACUUUUCCUGGUUUUUUUGUACACCAACCAAUUAAGAAUAGUUUAGUUUGUAGUACAAUUUUUGUAAAUAUUUAUUUUUUUGUUGUUCGUUGUGGGCCUAAGAGGCUCGCUGACUGUGCGAUUCGAGAAGAUUGAUGAUUAUGGUAAACGUGAUGUGAUCAUUUAAGAGCUUAAUAUUUAUAUAAUAUCCAACAUUAUAAAAACAAUAAGUUAUUGCUAUGCAUAUGCAUACAUACACUAUAUUUUGUUAUACAUUUAUAUAUUAUAUAUAUAAAACUGAACUGAUGAACUAACUCUAACCGAGGUGCAUGAAAAGAGCUUUGUGCUCACACUCACAUACCCAUAUACAUAUAUACACGCGCACUCACACCAAUUUCCAUUUGAAUAAAGAUAUAUCGAAUUUAAA